AUGCCCUGGGAAAUUAGAUUUGAUACGAGACUCGGGUACGGAUUCAGGUUGGGUCCGCAUGCGGAUUUUCAAACUCUCGUCGAAAUAGGACCGCAAUUAAACACGAAUCCAAUUUCCACAAAUGGAACCGUUGCAAAAAGGCAAUCGUUGGGAAUGAAUCGUCUUCAACGUUUGUACCUCGAAGCACAAAAAAAAGCAGGGAGAAAAGUUAAGAGCAACGUUGAAAAAAAAGAUGCGGGAAAAAUGAAAAAACCGUCGAAACCAACAGAAAGCGAACGAAUUGAAUUUCCCAACAAAGUCCUUCAAACGGACGGGAUCGGGGAUAAAAAAUCCACGGAAAUUCCCACGAAACAAGUUAAAAGCACAACCGAAUCCACACCGACGAGAUUUUCUUUACUCCAACUUAAAUAA